UGUGGGUGGCUCUAGUUACUUGUCCAAGCGACUUGUUCUUUAUUGGCUCAAAAUUUCCUUACUUUUGAUCCAUUUAUUUCUCAUCACAUAUUCUUCUUCACAACCAGGAAGUUCCAGUGUCCAAAGAACCAACGCUCUGUGUCUCACAGUGAGAGAGGUGGCCGAGAAUGGCAAUGAAGAUGGCCCUCCAAGCUUCAAGCACAGCCAGGCCCACCAUCUGUUCUUCACCCUCACAAUCUUCAACUCCCAGAGCUUUCAGGAAACCUCAGUUGAGACCCACUUCUGUGGCACUGCCAGCGUCAACCACCAUCUCUCUUUUGUCUCUCUUCACAACUGCCCAGGAAGCCAAGGCCCUCAGCCUUGGAAAAGACCAAAUUGUCUCAUCCCUCACUGAAGUGGAGAAGACUAUUGAUCAGGUUCAAGAAGUGGGUUCAAGUUUCUUUGAUACCACACAGAGAAUUCUGGAAGUUGUAGGAAAUGCUUUGAAGCCUGCCGUCGACAAUGCACUGCCUAUUGUGAGCCAGGCUGGAGAACAGGCAUUGAAGAUUGCCUCGCCGGCGAUUUCUGAGGCGUCGAAGAAAGCCCAAGAAGCAAUUCAAAGCACAGGUCUUGAUACAGAACCAGUAAUCAGUGCUGCAAAGACAGUGGCUGAUGCUGCACAGAAAACUACACAGGUGGCCAAGCCUAUAGCUUCAUCAACUGUUGAGACCAUCUCUGCAGCAGACCCUACUGUGAUCGUCGGAACUGCUGGAGUUCUAUUUCUUACGUAUCUUGUUUUUCCUCCCAUCUGGUCUGCCAUCACCUUCAGCCUUCGUGGUUACAAAGGUGAGCUUACUCCCGCUCAAACACUUGAUGUUUUAUCAACGAAGAAUCACCUUAUGGUUGAUAUUCGACCGGAGAAGGACAAGGGCAAGGCUGGCGUUCCUCGCCUUCCCUCCAAUGUGAAAAACAAGUUGAUUGCUAUUCCUUUGGAAGAGUUACCGAGCAAGUUAAGAGGGCUUGUCAGAAAUACGAAGAAAGUUGAAGCAGAAAUUGCAGCAUUGAAGAUUUCAUAUCUCAAGAGGGUUAACAAAAGCUCCAGCAUUGUGAUCAUGGACUCGUACUCGGAUUCGGCAAAGAUAGUUGCAAGAGCACUAACAAGUCUUGGGUUCAAGAACUGCUGGAUUGUGGCGGAUGGGUUCUCCGGAAGCAGAGGAUGGAUGCAGAGCCGGCUAGGAACAGAAUCAUACGAUUUUUCUUUCGCUGAGGUUCUCUCUCCAUCCCGAAUUAUUCCUGCAGUUACUAGACGGUUUGGUACAACCACCAGCACGAAGUUUCUUCCUGGAGCUGAAUAAAUUCAUUUCCUGCAACUUUUAGUCAUUAUUUGAAUGUGCAUUCUUGCUUCAGAUUAGAUUCUUCAUUAGUCAUGCGUCCGAGUAAUCAAAAUUUUCCUUCACGAUUCAUGUUCUUCAAGUUCUGUUUGACACAAAAAGAAGAAAAUGUUUUGGUACCACUAUUGUUCCCUUCAAUUCCAAGGUAAUUUGGAGAAGAAUGCAAGGUUGUAUCAGCUUCUUCAACACACACUCGUCAAGACUCUCGCAAGAUGAACUUGAUAUUUUAAGUUGAAUCA